GGAGCCGAAGACGCUGAUGCCAAUGGAGUUGGAGUUGUAGUUGGGGGCGUGCGCUCCCACAGAUGUCCAUCCACGCCCCUCGUAUGCGUUGCCGUCUUCACCAACAAGGAAGCUGAGGACCCUGUCAGCCAUGCUGCGUGUUUUCGCCCUCCUUGCUCUGUGCAGUCUUGCACAAUGUUGCCCCACCAUCCUCACAAAAUCCCAGUGGGGGGGACGUGCUCCCACCUGCCGGACAGCAAUGGCUACCCCAGUCACCUAUGUCAUCAUCCACCACACCGCCGGAGCCGCCUGCUCCUCCCAGUCCACCUGCAUCACUCAGGCCAAGAACAUCCAGAACAUGCACAUUAACACCAACGCCUGGUGUGACAUCGGAUACAGCUUCCUGGUUGGAGGCGACGGUUCCGUGUACGAGGGCCGUGGUUGGACAUCCGUUGGUGCUCACGCCCCAAACUACAACUCCAACUCUAUUGGCAUCGUCUUAAUCGGCACCUUCACAAGCAGUAAUCCCACCACCGCUGCCCAAAAUGCCGCCAAGAGUCUCAUCAGCUGCGGCGUCACCAAAGGAUACAUCAAGUCUGCCUACAUCCUGAAGGGACAUCGCAACGUCACCGCCACCGAGUGUCCCGGGAACACCUUCUACAACACAGUCAAGACCUGGCCCCGCUUCCAGGCAUAAGGCUGGUCCCUGAGGUCA